AUGGCGACAUACCAAGAUGCGGACCCUGUCUUCUACCCCGCGUUCUGCUUCAAAGCAUCGCCAACGCACUUCACCUGGGUGAAGAUGGCAGCUGCAGAUGUCCAUCGACUACAGAGACCACGAAACUUUGAAGGUCAAACAAUCUUCUUCUAUAAGAACCACCCAAUCCGCUUCGUCAGCCUCGUCGGCGUGAUCGUAGCCCGAACGGAAAUCACCAAACGCACCAUCCUAACGCUAGACGAUAGCAGCGGUGCCACAAUAGACGUCUGCAUCCUCCAAUCUGAUCCGAAAGAGAAGGAAAAGACACAGCCAGACAGCUCCCAGGCAUCGGUUAUCUCAAAACCCGAGGCUGAUGCCCAGACGUCCUUGGACGCAUCGGGACAAACCGACACGACAGCACAGGUCAAUCAGACAGAGCACGUCUCUGCUACAGACCGUACAGUCCUCGACAUUACCUGUCUACGACCCGGCACGACGGUCAGAGUCAAGGGUACUUUAUCCCGGUUCCGAUCUACGAUGCAAUUGAAUCUAGAGCGGUUCACGCUGAUCCGAGACACGAAUGCCGAAAUGCAAUUCGUCGAUGAGCGGUUGCAGUUUCUAGUCGAGGUUCUCGCUGUGCCGUGGGUUAUACUCGAUGAGGAAAUCGAGCAGUUACGGGCCGAGGCGGAGAGGGGGGAUCUCAAGGUUAUUGAGGAUAGGGAACGGGCUGAGCGGAGGGUGAAAAGGAGGGCUGAGCGGGAAGAGAGGGAUUAUCGACAUAUACAGAAACGGUAUGAGAGGGAGGAGAGGAAGAGGGCUAAAGAGGCGGUGGUCUGUAAGGAAGAUGGGGUUAAUGUUAUGCGUGAUAUUCGGCGGAAGAGGAUAUUAGCUGCGGAUGACGACGAGAAUGAAUAA